AUGUAUCUUUUCCCUGGGAUUAUGAUAACUGGAGCAGUGGUAAUUGCUUUCACAUUUUUCAGUCUCACCAUGCUAGGAUGGUGCACUUAUACCCAUCACAUACCAUCCCUUCCUACAACAGUCGUAUCUUUUGAUGACAGGUUAUCUCCUUGCAUGAAUUUAGAGUCACAUUCAAUUACAUUUCAGUAUAAGGCUGCAGAAGGCACAGUAAGCCAGACAGAAUGUGUUAUCUGCUUGACAGGCUUCGAAGAAAAGGAAAGUGUUCGGAAGCUUCACAAGUGCACGCACAUCUUCCAUACAUCUUGCAUUGAUAAGUGGCUUGGCUCUCAUUCUGGCUGCCCAUUGUGCCGCACUCAGGUUGACAAAGUGGCUUCCCCAAAUGAUUAG